AUGAAGUUUGAACGACUAGCUUUACCCAUUGGUCACGAUAGGAAACCGUUUGUACCGCCGCAACCGAACUACGGUCGGCUUCUCGAUUUCACCGAAGAGGAGAAACAUGAGAGAGACACGAGGGAGCACCGCUUGUACACACCUUAUGUUCCCCCGAAAGAGAAGCCUAAUCACACAAUUCCAUUUUGCAAUCCGCAAAUUGAGCGCUUAGCGCAGCCUAAACAUCCUCAGGAACCUCGCCAGCUACCACAAGGCCAGUUGAAAGCUCCCGCUCAGAAUGGUCGCAGGCUGACAUCUUCAGCUUUCGCUCGGUCCGUAUCGCUCAAAGCAGAUCUGCCACAACGUGUUGAUCCUAGCUCAAAGAAUCGUUCCCAUUCCAUGGGUAAAUCCCCGAGCUCCAGCCAGACGAAAUCAUUGUCGGAUCAAAACACAAGGAGUUCUUAUUUGAAACGACACCGGAGGCAAGUCCAAGACUUGAAUCAACUCGCAGCUUCUUAUAAGGAGGAUAGAUCACAGCACACCUACGGGGGAACUACUAUAAUUUCAUACACACCAUCGGCCUUGGCUCAAGCCAGAGAGCGUUGUGUGUCAAUUGAUGCUUCUAAGAUUGAGUGGAAGAGUUUGGAACCGCUUAGACGCACCGAGUCAAUGCAUCCUUCACGCCUGCAGUGUGAAAAAAGCACGGUUCCGCGGUCCGUAUCGGCGUGUCCCCCUGCUUCAAGAGCCAUGACUGAGGCAAUAGGGAGUCCAAAAGUUCAGAUCGUUGUCUCGCAGGCUGUGCCCAAAAAAUCACUCGACACGAUGCCUAAGCCCCCAAUGCAGGUACGCACUCGUCGCCUUGUGUGUGAUAACGACGAUCCAAAUUUAAUGCCAUGGGAGAAGGAGCCCCCACCAGUGGCCCCGGUAGUAAUCUAUGCCACGGCACGUUGCACCUGA